AUGUCUUCUGGGGUGGACCUAAGUGCUUCUCGGAAUGUUACAAUAACCCCAUUGCUAAGGAGGUUGUGGCCGUCGCCCGGUGAAAACAAAGUCACUGCGGACGAGAUUGCUCUGGCAAUUGCACAUAUCUUCACAGACCAAUUGUCUCCAGUUCAGACUGGAGCUCUCCUUACAUGUCUACAUUUCACAGGCUGGGAUCGGAGACCAGAUGUCAUCGCAAAAUGUGCUGCUGCUAUGAGAGAGGCUGCUUCUCAGAUUGAUAGAGUCGCUUUGGAGAAGGUCGUCAAUGCACGUGGUAGGCCUGAAGGUGAUUACCAUGGUGGUCUUUGUGACAUUGUCGGUACUGGAGGCGAUUCACAUCAUACAUUCAAUAUUUCCACUACAUCGUCGAUUCUGGCUUCCUCUCUACUUCUCCUGAGCAAGCACGGUAACAGAGCCUCCACCUCCAAGUCUGGCUCAGCGGAUCUGCUCACUUCCACCCUUCCCACGGCACCAAAUUUGAAUGCUGUGACCCCAGGGACGAUCUCCCAGGUCUAUGAGAAGACCAACUAUGCCUUUUUGUUCGCCCCAGUCUUCCAUCCAGGAAUGAAGUAUGUUGCUCCUAUUCGUAAAGAACUCGGAUGGAGAACAAUCUUCAACCUCCUUGGACCUCUCGCAAAUCCAGUCGAAGGCAACAUCGAAGCUCGUCUACUCGGGGUGGCCCGUAGGGACAUUGGUCCUGUGUUCGCCGAGGCUUUGAAGAUGAGUGGUGCUAGGAAAGCUAUGGUUGUCUGUGGAGAAGAGGAUCUUGAUGAGAUCAGUUGUGCCGGUCGGACGUAUUGCUGGAACUUGAUCGAUCGAUCAACAAAUAAGGAUGCAUCCCCCAACAACGUUGGUGUUGAGAGUUUCACCAUUGCAGCGUCUGACUUUGGGUUGCCACCUCAUGAGCUCAGAGACGUGUCUCCAGGCAAGGAGCCGCAUGAAAAUGCAGCCAUCUUGACGAACUUGCUUCAGAACCGCUUACCACAGGAUGACCCAAUCUUGGAAUUUGUCCUCAUGAACACAGCUGCGUUGUUUGUCGUAUCGGGUAUCUGUGAGGCAGAUACGAGUAAUAUGGGUCACGGCGAUGAUGGGAAGGUCAUCAAAGAGCGAGGUCCUGGCGGAGGAAGGUGGAAGGAGGGGGUCAGGAGAGCAAGAUGGGCCAUCGAGAGUGGUGAAGCUUGGAAACAGUGGAGCGCUUUCGUAGAAGUCAGCAAUAGCUUCAACAAGAGCUAA